AGUUGCAGCUCAGUUAUUUGAAGCAUACGUAUUCAGUGACUGCUCCGCGUUUACAGGGACACACGGUGCACACAACUAUCACCUAUCAGAUGGCCAAUAAAUGGCUACUUUUCAGUGGUUACAUGGAGAAAACGACGGGUUUCGCCACCGCCGUUGCUGCUAUUGCCGCGGCUGCAAUCGUGUUUUGGCUGCUAAAACGCCGUCGCAGACUCAGGUUGUUCAAGGAUCUCGGCAUUCCAGGGCCAGAGCCAGACUUCAUCUGGGGAAAUCUCAAGGAGACGGACCACAGACGUAUUGAGACUUACGUGCAAUGGAGAAAGCAGUAUGGCAAGCUGUUCGGCGUCUACGUCGGUAGUGAGCCUUUCUUGGUUAUCACUGACCCACAAAUGGCUCACGAGUGCUUUGUCAAGCAAGCGGCCAUAUUUCAGGACAGACCUACGGUGUUUGUGGAUGCGGAGCCUUUCAAAAGCAGCCUUUUUCAGCUUGGCGGCAACGCAUGGAAGUACGUGCGGGCAAGGUUGAACUACGGCUUCAGUUCGGGCAUGAUCAAAGAUCUCUCUCAAAUAGCAAACUUAUGUGCCACUAGAUUUGCAGAGAGGAUAUCUUCGAUAAGCCUGAGAAGCGGAUACGUGGAAGUAUUUAACUGUGGACUGGAUUAUUCCUUCGAAUUCAUCAUGAACUCGGUGCUGGCACAGCAGGUGAGAUCCCAAGAAGACUGCAACGAGCCCAUUCUGGAGAGCCUGAAGCAAGUCAUCAAGGACAUGGAAAACUCGGCCAUCGAGGUUGCCUUUACGGUUCCUGUUGUACGCGCUCUUCUUACAUUGAUAUAUCCACUAACAAAGCAUGCCAGAGCAUUCAGAAAUGUUAUGAAUCACGUGCAGCACGCCGUUGAACUGCACCGUUCCGGAAAGCUUCGGAAAGAACCGAGCGUGCUUCGGACGCUUCUGGACGAUCAGACAGAAGCUCCCGACGUAGCACAAGAAAAGCCAAGCAGGCGAGGCAAAUAUCUGGACGAUCAUUACGUAUCGUCUAACGCCACAAUAUUUCUAUUGGCUGGCAUCGAAACUACUGCUUCCACGCUUUCUUUUCUAAUGUAUCUCUUGGCCAGGCACCCAAGCGAGCAAGAAAAAGUAGUCAAGGAGAUGAAUGACGUGCUUCCUUUAGAAGAAGGCGGUGAGUUAAGCUUCGGCCAAAUGCAUCGCCUGAAAAGAGUCGACAUGGUGAUCUACGAAGGACUUCGUCUUUACCCACCCGUCCCACUGUACGUCGUAAGGCGUUGCACUGUGGACACGACUGUUUGUGGACAGUUCAUUCCAGCUGGUGUUAAUGUGAUGGUUACACCGUGGCUCAUCCAUAACGACCCUGACGUUUGGCCGGAGCCGGACUUGUUUCGUCCGGACAGGUUUUCCGAAGAAAACAGCGAAGGUUACCGCAACGGAGCUUACAUGCCUUUUGGAUUAGGACCCAGGGUGUGCAUAGGCCAGAGGAUAGCGUUCCUAGCGGUGAAAUAUGCGCUCGUUAGACUUCUACGUGAUUUUAAGCUGACGCUGCGCGAUGAGACCGCUGGCCCGCCCACGUUAUCCGUGCCUAGCCUGACACUCGUUCCAGGAGACGGAGUGACGGUCAGAGUGGAGCGCAGGUUAGCGAGGACGGUAGCUUAAAUGCGGCAAUAAAGCUGUCAAGAGUGCUCGCGUCAUUGCUCAUACUUGAGAGCGAGACAAUCAGCAAGUAAUUCGUCAAAUCAAUGCGUUAGAGGUUAUCCAUAUAGCUUUCUUUGUGCGCGUCAACCCAUAUCACCCUAUCAGAAGUGCGUGUCUAUGCUGAAAAGAAUGACCGCCUGUGAUCACUCACACGUAAGGCUUUUUCGCAGGACAUCGUCCAGCGCAAACUUUUGGGAUACAUGUGGCACAUCCAAGGACUGAAGACAUCCGUUGACACCCAUGCCAAGAAUAAAAGUUCUAUGGUCAUGCGCGCCAAAACCACGAUCGGAUUAUGGGG